GCGUGGGAGCCCCGGGAAGGGCUCGUCCCCCGUGUGGGGCAGGAGGCACCGUCCCGUCCCUGCCGGUCAUCUGAUUGCUCCCCAGCCCCAUGGCUAUAAAUGCACGGCCCCACUGCUGCCCCACGGAGAGCCCCGCGCUGCACUCAGCGCCGCCAUGGGCUGGAGCCGCUCCUUGCUGCUGCCGCUGCUGCUGCUGCUGCCCGCGGGGCCGCACUCUGCCCUGGCGCUCCUGCAGUACCGCUACGACUGCGGGGACUACGGCAUGCAGCUGCUGGCCUACCCCUCGCGGGGCCGCGCCGUCCGCUUCAAGGUCGUGGAUGAGUUUGGCACCCGCUUUGAAGUGGCCAACUGCUCCAUCUGCCUGCACUGGCUCAACACCGGGGCAGAUGGCGCGCUCAUCUUCUCCUCUGGCUAUGAGGGCUGCCACGUCCUGGUCAAGGAUGACCGCUAUGUCCUGAGGGUGCAGCUGGAGGAAACGCUGCUCAGCGGGGUGGCGGUCGCCUCCUACGAGGUGAACAUGACCUGCCCGCAGCCGGCUGACUACGAGACCGUCGCUGACACGAGUGUGCGUGGCCACCUCGAGUCCGUUCGGGGCAACGGCGUCCACCAGAGCCAGGCUGAUGUCCUCGUCCCCCAGCCCCAGGCUGGCCUCCUGCAGCACGUAUCCCAGUCCGCCCUGGCUGUCCCCGUCCCCCAGCUGCCCCCCCGACCCCCCAGGGACCAGGUUCACCCCGUGGUGCAGACACAGCCAGCUCUAGUGCACCCGGGGCUGCAGCGCCAGCCCCAGCCCAGCCUGGGUCUCCCGGGGCUCCAGCCCCAGAACCAGCCAGGAGCAGCUCGCCCCCUCACCCAGCCCCAGCCAGGCUUCAUUCGCCCGGCUCUGCAAUCCCAGAACCAGCAUGGGGCGGUGCACCCCGGGGGGCAGACCCGCCCGGGCCUCCUUCGCCCGGGCCUUCAGCUCCAGAACCAGCCUGGGCUGCUGCAGCCGGGGGUGCAAACCCAGCCGGGUCUCCUUCGGCCGGGGCUUCAGCCCCAAAACCAAAAUGGCUUGGUGCACCCUGGGGGGCAAACCCAAACAGGUCUCCUUCGACCGGGGCUUCAGCCCCCAAACCAGAAUGGCUUGGUGCACCCUGGGGGGCAAACCCAGCCGGGUCUCCUUCGCCCAGGGCUUCAGUCCCAAAGCCAGAACGGCUUGGUGCACCCUGGGGGGCAAACCCAGCCAGGCCUCCUUCGCCCAGGGCUUCAGUCCCAAAGCCAGAAUGGCUUGGUGCACCCUGGGGGGCAAACCCAGCCAGGCCUCCUUCGCCCAGGGCUUCAGUCCCAAAGCCAGAACGGCUUGGUGCACCCUGGGGGGCAAACCCAGCCAGGCCUCCUUCGCCCAGGGCUUCAGUCCCAAAGCCAGAACGGCUUGGUGCACCCUGGGGGGCAAACCCAGCCGGGUCUCCUUCGCCCAGGGCUUCAGUCCCAAAGCCAGAACGGCUUGGUGCACCCUGGGGCGCAAACCCAGCCAGGCCUCUUUCGCCCGGGGCUUCAGUCCCAAAACCAGCCUGGACUGGUGCACCCUGGGGUACAAACCCAGCCGGGUCUCUUUCGCCCGGGGCUACAGCUCCAGCACCAGCCCGGGCUGGUGCCCCCCGGCCUGCAGCCUGGCUCGGUGCACGCCGGUGCUCAGACGCAAGCCGGCUUUUCACGCCCGGGGCUUCAGCCCCAAAGCCAGCCGGGCUCCGUUCUCCCCAGCCUCCAGUCCCACUCCCACGCCGGCCUCAUCCGCCCUGGCCUCCAGAGCCAGGCAGGGCUGCUGCAGCCCGGCCAGCCCCGACCGGGGCUGCUGCGACCGGCACUUGCGCCUCGGCCGGGGCUGGUGCGCCCGGGGCUGCAGCCGCAAGCCCAGCCGGGUCUGCUGCACCCCGGCCUUCACCCCCAGCCCGGUCUGCUGCGCCCCACGGCUCUCUUCUACCCCUCGGCAGGGGCAGGCACGCAGCUGACGCGGGAGCAGUGCCAGGUGGCAGCGGGGCGGCUGUCCUGCGUGGCCCCGUCGGGCCGCGAUGCCUGCCUGCAGGCGGGGUGCUGCUACGAUGACACGGACCGUGCAACGCCCUGCUAUUACGGCAACACAGCCACCGUGCAGUGCCUGCCGGAGGGGCACUUCGUGCUGGUGGUGCCGCGGGGCCUCUCCGUGCAGCCCUACAACCUGGACAGCGUGCGCCUGGCCAGCAGCACCCAGCCCGGCUGCCAGCCCGCCCAGGCCACCGAGACCUUCGUCAUGUUCCACUUCCCCGUCACGCAGUGCGGCACCACCGUGCAGGUGAUCGAGGACCGGCUGAUCUACGAGAACCAGCUCAUCUCCACCAUCGACGUCCAGCCGGGUCCCCGCGGCUCCAUCACGCGGGACAGCGUCUACAUCCUCCACGCCCGCUGCAUCUACAACGCCAGCGAGCUGCUGCCGCUGCGCCUGGAGGUGGCCGUGCCCCCCACCGCCGCCCCCAUGGCGCAGCCGGGGCCGCUGCGGCUGCAGCUGCGCAUCGCCACCGACGAGAGCUACAGCGCCUACCACACCGACGGCGACUACCCCCUGGUGAAGGUGCUGCGGGACCCCAUCUACGUGGAGGUCCGGCUGCUGCAGAAGACCGACCCCAACCUGGUGCUGGUGCUGCACCAGUGCUGGGCGUCCCCCAGCACCGGCCCGGCGGCCGAGCCCCAGUGGCCCAUCCUGGUGGAUGGGUGUCCCUUCGCUGGGGACAACUACAGGACGCAGCUGGUGCCGGUGGGACCCGCCUCGCCGCAGCUGCCCUUCCCCAGCCACUACCAGCGCUUCGUCGUCUCCACCUUUGCCUUCGUGGAGACCCCCUCCAUGGCGGUGCUGGAGGGAGAGGUGUACAUCUUGUGCAGCGCCUCGGUGUGCCACCUCGCACAGCCCGAGCCCUGCCGGCCCUCCUGCCAGCUGGCCGUGCCCUCCCGAGCUCGCCGGUCAGCGGGGGACAGGGGGACAGCGACCGCCGUGGGCACAGUCACCUCCCAGGGACGAGUCGUCUUCCCCAAGAGGCCUGCGGCGGGGAGAGGCUGAGCCCCGCGCUGCCGCUUCCCUGGGGCGCUGGCUGCCCUCCUUCUCCUCCUUCUCCUUCUCCUCCUCCUCAGCCCCUGCCUCCGGGCCAGCCCCCUGGGUCCCCCUGGCCCUGGCGGCAAGCAGGAACCCCGAACAAUAAACCAGUGAAAAGCACGGCUGCGGCCGCAGG